GGUCAUUCCAGGAGGUGGGCUCAGGAUCAUAUUGUGGGGGCAAGGCAUUCAUGCAGCUAUGUGGGCGCUGUCUGUCCCUGCAGAGCUGAGGACCCAGAAGGGACAGCCCUGGACUGUCUCUACCCAGAGAGUGCCACUAAGAGAUCCUUGGCCCCUGACCCUGACCCAGAAAGGCAGCCGCAACCCCAUCUGUAGGACUGCAGGUGGCCAAGAGUGUGCAGGCCUUCCCAGAGGGCCGUGUCCUGGAAAUAGGAUCCAGGAGGCAGCCUUGGCCCCAGACCCUCCUCGCAUCCUGCCAGGCAGGGCCCCGUCCAAGGCUGGGAGGGAGAACUCUCGAUGCUCUGGCAGCCACCUCUGAGAAACCGGGCAGCACAGGGGCAGGGGAGGAGGCUGCUUUUCUCCCUUCCACGUUCUGGUGAGGCUGCUCCAUCCAGGAGCCUGGAUGGUGGGGGCGCCACCCUGCCCCGCCUGCCCCAUGCCAGGCCUCUGGAUGCAGCUGCUGUAAGGAUUGAGGUGGGAUCCAGCAGAGUACGCGGAGGGGAGGGUGGGGCUGAGGAAUAGGAGAAAGGCUGGUUGCCCUCCAGGCUGGGAGGAGCCCAGCACCCUCACCCCAGCCCGCCAGAGGCCCCCACCCAUCAUUAUGCUGUAUUCUUGCACCUCAUCUAGGCUGGGAGGAACUCCGGGCUGCUGUCCAAAGGAGGGCAGGGGACCCAGAGAUCCUCUUUGCCUCCCUCCUUGUCUCUGAGCCCUGGCCAGGGCUCUGCCUGGCUUCUCUUUUGCACGGAGAAGCUGGGUGGUGCCCGCCUCCUAACAGGGUUGUGACUAUCAAAUGAACCAAGUGGCGUGGAACCAAGUGAAUGACCCGUGAAGACAAUGGAUUCUAAGUCAAGUCAUUUCUCCAAUCUUCUUACCUAUCUUUUCAUAACUUAUUAGUUAUUACAAGUGUUAUCUUUGCCCCCCACUUACCAUGUGGGGAAACCGAGACUAAGAAACUAGGUGGCAGUGUCAGGAUUCGAACCCAGGCCUUGGCUUUCUGCGCUCAGGGCAGCAAGAAGGCUGGCUGGGGAUGAGUCCAGAGCCAGCCUGGGGUAGGGGCAUAACUCCUCACUACCUCCCCGCGCCAAGUCCCACGGCCCAGAGUCCGGUGUCCUCCCUGAGCCCCCACAGCAGCCUGAGGGGUCUGACCCCUGUCCUUCCUGGGCCUGAUUCCUCCAGCCCCAUCCCAGCUCGCCUUGCCUGAUGCCCUGGCAGCCUCGGCCGCUGCCUCUGGGGAAGGAGCUGGAACAUUAGCUCUACACUGAGUUCUGGGAGAGAAGAGGGGGGACAGGCUCAGUGGAACGGCCCUGGGGACGGCCUCAGACCCUUUGCUAGUUUCUCGGCUUGUUUCCGGGACUGUGUUUUCAGAGGUCUUUGUCCAAGACUGAGGAGGACGAUGCGGACCUUCCCUCUGUUGGGGGCACUGAGCGGCCGGCAGGGGCUCGAGCAGCCAGGCUGUCAGUGAGCCUUGCAGGCUGGCCGACCCGGGGAGGACAGAAGUCGGUUUCCCAGCAGGAUGAGGACAGGGGAGAUCAUUUCCUCCCACUGGCGAAUCAAUAUUCAACUUCUUGAUUAAAUAUUAAAUUGGAAGGUCCCCUCUCUGAGUGCCCAAGAGAGGCUGAGAGUGGGCGAGCGUGGGCCCUGCCCCUGAAAGUCUGGCUUCGUGGUUCACUUGUCCGGACCUGGGCCAGCCCGACACAAGGCAUGCUGGGAAUUCUGCUGUGAGGUUGAAGGUCAGGAAGGGGCCGGGCUGGGGGCCCUGACUCAGGAGUGACCCGAGCUUCUGCAGCGGGGUGAGAAGGGGUAGAGUGCUCACCUCCAGGGUAGCCAUGACAGGAGGAAGCCAGGGAGGUCCGUACGGAGUGAAGGCAAAUGGUCCUGAAGUCUGUCCUCACGGAAAUCAAGUGUUCCCACUUAUGUAGGUUAAAGUACAGCAAAAAGACCCCAAAUCAAAAGGCUUAAAUAAUGUAGAAUAAUGCCUCAUAGCGCAGUCCCAGGGGCAGUGCUCCAAGGUCAGUGGGGCCCUCGGCCACCCCCACAUGUGGUUUGCAAAGUGCUCUGGUGGCUGCUGCUUCCCAGCUAAUGGGGAGGAGGGGAGAGUGUCCAAGGCUAAUGGGCCAAUGUCUAUUUUGAGAUGGCCUCACUACGGUGCCCGGGCUGCUCUCAAACCCUGCUCUCAGUGGUCUUUCUCCCGCACCUUCUGAGUAGCUGGGAUCCCAGGCCUGGGCCACCACCCCUGGCUUCAAGACAAACGUCUUUAGCGAGGUACUCUGGAGGCUUUACCUGUCACUUCUAUUAACGUUCUCCUGGCAGCAGGUACUGGGGAUGGUGCCCAGCGCCGCACACAUGCUGGGCAAGCACUCUGCCGCUGAGCCACGGCCCCAGUCCUUUUUAUCUUUUGGGACGGGGCCUCAUGAUCCUCCUGCCUCAGCCUCCCUAGUAGCUGGAAUCACAGGUCUGGGCCACCAGGCCCAGCUGGUUGUCAUUUCUUGAUCGGAUGCUGGUGAUGCGUGUUUCUUGGUGGGAAUCCACUGCUCUCGCACAUAGGGUCUAGGGUCUGUGCAUUUCCAUAACAUAUACAUGACGACAGCACAGUGGCCUGUCAUCCUAGGUACUCAAGAGGCUGGGGCAGGAGGAUCGCAAGUUCAAGGCAACCAAGUGAUGAAACCUGUCUCAAAAAGAAAAGAUAGAGCCGUAGCUCAGUGGUAGAGUAGCCCUGGGCUUGAUUCCCAGUCCUGCAAAAAUAAAUGCGUGAAUAGAUAAAUAAAUAACAUAAACAUGGAACAAGAACAAGAAGGUAGUGAGGCGGGAGGUGGCUGCCAGGGGCCGUGGUCUAGGCCUGAAUGUGGGGACGUUGGGUGCAGCCUGGCUCCUGGCCAAGGCCUGGAGGGGAAGAUGGGUAUCAGCUGAGAUUAAAUGCCAGGGCCUCCCUGGAGCUUGGGCCAGCAGGGUCGGGACUGCAGAGUCAGGUGACACCGCAGAGAGGCCCUGGCUGGGUGAGGAGGCGGAGGCCAGGGGCCCCUUUUAGGGGGCUGCCUGCCCCCAGGAGUGGUCCUGGGGAAGGGGCAGCAGGUGUGGAGAGUCCGGAAGCCUGCAGGCCCGAACGCAACCAGGGCGGGAUGGAGGAACUCCGGAGCCGUGGCAGAGUGAAAGCUGAGCCUCUCAGAGCGCCAGGUCGCACUGCCAGCUCCUCCUCCCCGGGGCCACACCACCAGUUGAUGACAGUGGAGACUUGGCUGGUCACCGUACCCUCAGAGCAGGAGGGCCUGGGCCCAGGAGAUGCACACAGACCGAGGGCCACCUGCACAGUGUGGGCAGAGCUGGGCCUCAGAGCAGCAGCUUUGUCUAUCUGGGGCCCAAGAUGCUCUUUUCCCUCCCUCAGUGCCCCCAAGGGACAGAAGACCCCACUUGCCUCUGCCAUCAGAACAUCACUCCUUGUAGAGCCUCAGGUGGGUCCCCUCUUGGCCCCAGCCCAGCCCACGGUUGGAUGGGAUGUGGUUGCCUGCUGAGGGGAGAAUCCAUGAACUGAGUCCCCGUGGGCCCGGGGACCUACACGCCCUUCUUUCCCAUGAACCUCAGGCCUUCUGCGCCACUCAGGACCCUCCAAUGUUGCCCUGCGGCCUCCGUGCGCCAGGGCAGGGGACGGAUGGAGGGGACAGGAAAUAAACAACAACAGUGUGGAGAGGGGCCGGGCAGGCCUCCGGGAAAUUCACCUCAAAACUUCCCUGAGACGCUCAGAGUUAGUUGGGGGUGUGCGAUCCCUGCUCCAUAGAGACCCCAAGAAGGGGUCCUGGGGUCCCUGCAGCAUCGCAGGCAGAACAGUGUUCUAGGGCCCAGAAGCCUGGUCACAAACUCCCGGUGAGACUAGUUACAUCUAAUACGAGUCUCAGCUGCUUCCUCUACAAAGUGGGAGCAGGGAACCCAGCAGUCUCUUGUCCUGAGGUCCCCGAAUAGAUGAGGCUUUUCAGGGGCUAGUACUGGAAAGUGACCACAGAGAUUUUUUUUUUUUUGUACCAGGGAUUGAACUCAGGGGCACUUAACCACUGAGUCACAUCCCCAGCCCUUUUUAUUAUUUAUUUUGAGACAAGGUCUCGCUAAGUUGCUGAGGCUGGCUUUGAACUUCAAUCCUCCUUCCUCAGCCUCCUGAGCUGCUGGGAUUGUAGGCCCACGCCCAGCACAACCACAGAUUUCUAAGAGACCUGGAUGGGACCAAGGGCUCUACCUAGCCACCUUGUCGGGGAGCCUGUUUCAGUGCCUGGGAGGAAAGUUCCAGAUGCAGCCUGGGCUCCACAGCAGGGCAUCCAUAUCAGGAGGCCACAUCUCAAAGUCCAAAAGCAAUAGAGGCCCACAUGGUGUCCCCAUGUGGCAAGUGCCAUCCAAGGGCAGGUGUUUGCCAUGUGCCGACUCCCCCAACCCUCUGAGUGGGUAGCACGAUUGUCACUUUGCCAAGAGGAAAUGAGUGCUCAAAGAGGGCAAGUGGGUCCCUUCAUACAGCCUCGUUCAUGUGCUCCUGCCCCUGCUGCCUGGCACAGCUCCGUCCAGAGCACAGAAACGGCGGCCACCGGCCUGACACGGUGGUCCUUUUCCAGUCAGCCCAGGGUCCUUCAGGCACAGAAAGUCAGUGUCCCCACAGGCUGUAAGAGUCCCAAGGACGUGCCAGGCUCUGGAAUAGCCAGGAUCUGCGUUUCCCAAAGCUCCCCCCCCACCCUCACCUGCAGGAGAACUCAAGGGCGACGGGGUCUCCGCCUCACCGAGGAGAACACAGUGUCCUGGGGACUAGUUAGUGGCCACCUCACAAAUGGGAGGGGUGCAGACAGGGGGGGCACAGGCCCAGCGUCCUUCCACCUGCAAACACAUCCGCCGUCCAAGUGUUAUAGUUGAAGCUUCGUCCCAGGGUUUCAUCAACUGACUUCCAGACCACGCACGUAUGAUCGAAUCAAGCCUCUACUGAAGCACACCGGUGGCGACUGACCGGAACAUAAAGCUGUUCCCCUGAUCAGCCCCGAACAAUUGCAAGGGCGCUCCUUAUAAGCCUGAAAACUGCAAAAAGGAUGUUGGGGGGUCCAGCCAAUGCAAGCCAGCCAGGUACAGAAGCGGGAGAGGGCAGUCAGGCAGAGGGAAGCCUAACCAAUCACAGUGAUCCCAGUCACCCCAGUUACAGAGGUUGCCCUAGUUACAGAAACGAUGCCCCCUUAGGUAGUUCCGUGUUCUUAAAGGUUUCUAAAGUAAAAGGGAAAGGACAUCUUGCCCCAGUCAUGACCCUUCUACUUGGCCUGGUUGUUCUACAGGAUGGAGUCAUAAAACAAAAUGGGGUCACCUUUGCUCCUGCUAUCACACCAGCAACCAGCCCAAGGUGUCGCUGCCGGGAGAUGGGCCCCCAAGUGUGGGGAUGGAGGUCAGUGGAGCCUGGGGUCGAGGCCCUGGCGGUUCCCCUGCUGGCGGCCAUGCCCACGCCUGGCCCACCCCAUGGCUCUCAGGCCUCCACCCAGACUCUGCCGGCCCUCAAGCAGUGGAGGCUUCCGGAUCCCAGAAGCUGGCUCCACCAGAAGCUUCAGUGGACCCCAGGGAAACUCCUCCCCUCACCGGGCGGGGGGGCUGAUGCAACAUCCAUCUGCCCCCACCCCCACAGCGGCUCCCAGGGGUGGAGGGUGUGGGCCACAUGGACAGGCCUCCCCCGUCCCCUGGGGAGGGGCGAGGAUUGAUCUGGCCGCUGUGCUUGCUGCUCACACCUGAGGAGCAGACGCUGCCAAUCUGGGUGCUGCUGCCUCGGGAGCCUGGGGGGGCCUCGGUGGAGGGGGUGCCGGCCAGCCAGGGCCAGUCUCUGAAGAGACACGCUGCAGCUGGUACCUGCCAGGGGGAGAGGGAUUUGAAGCUGGGACUAAGUCCACUGCCCACUGGAGAGCCGUGGACAGGGCGAUGGUUCUGGCAGGACCCUGAGCAGAUGAAGAGUCCUCCCUCCUCCUCCAGCCCGGGUCUCCUUCUAGAAUGUGCCAUCAGUAGAGCAAGACAGGCUUCCCGUGGGCAAAGGAGCAAUGUGGUUUGCAGCACCCGCAGCAGGGUGGCCUUGGAGCUGAGGGACAGUGCCACGGUCACGAGCACAGUCCACCCCUCCGGUUCUCCAGCAGCUGCUCUGAGAGGCCCGUGGCACACGCGAGGGCUCCCACCAGCAGCAGCUGCCCUCCCAGGCUUCGAUUCACAAGAUGGACACUUCCUUAGCGCAGUCACCCUUGUCCCCGAAAAGGGACACAAAGUCCCAGUGAUCACUGUACCCAUCUCUGAGAGGGCUAAUCACCCUCCAAGACUGUCACCUCCCCAUGUGACUCCGCAACCUAAAGACCCUGUUUUAAAGUCAACCACCGCCAUCAGUGCUUGUUGGAGAAUUGAUCUGGACAAAUCAGCAAGUCGACCCAAAAAGCUGAAUGGAAACGCAAGGCAUCGAAAGAGAGGGACAUCGCGGACAAGGGCCGCACCCUCGCUGGCUUCAGAACUGACGAGGGUCAUUGAGACAGAGCGGUGUGGGCUUAAGGACAGACGGCCACCCAUGGAACAGAGCACAGCCCAGAAAUAAGCCCUUCCAGUCACCGUCAGAUGAGUUUUGACAAAGUGACAAGACAGUCCAAUGGGGAAAAGGGACUUCUCCACCAGAAGCAUGGGAAGCUGCGGCCACCCGCAAAAGAAGGCGGUUGGGUCCCCUCGUCACACCUCGUCCAAAAAUUAACUCCAAAUAGAUCAAGGAUUUAAACAUAAGAGCUACAGCUAUAAAACUCUAAGAAGAAAACAGAAUUACUCUUCAUGAUUUUGGAUUUGGCAAUGACAUCAGAAGCACAAAUGGAACUGGGAGGGGUGGCACACACCUGUGAUCUCAGGUACUCGGGAGGCUGAGGAAGGAGGAUCACAAAUUCAAGGCCAGCCUGGGCAACUUAGCCAGACCCUGUCUCAAAAUAAAAAGGGCUGGGGAUGUGGAGCUCAGUGGUUAAGUGCCCCUGGGUUCAACCCCUACCACCAUCAAUCAAUCAAUCAAUCAAUCAAUAUGACCCAAUUUAAAAACGGGAAAUGGUUUUGAAAAGCCUUUCUCCAAAGAUAUGAGCAAUAAACAUGUGGGAAGAUUUUUUUUUUCUGUACCAGUGAUUGAACCCAGAGGGACUUAACCACUGAGCCACAUCCUCAGACCUUUUUAUUUAUUUUUCAUAUUUAUUUAUUUAGUUUUCGGCGGACACAACAUCUUUGUUUGUAUGUGGUGCUGAGGAUCGAACCCGGGCCGCACGCAUGCCAGGCGAGCGCGCUACCGCUUGAGCCACAUCCCCAGCCCACCUUUUUAUUUUUUGAGACAGGGUCUUGCUAAGUUGCUUAGGGCCUUGCUAAGUUGCUUAGGCUGGCCUCAAACUUGCGAUCCUCCUUCCUCAGCCGCCCAAGUAGCUGGGAUUACGGCGUGCCACCAAGCCCAGCCGGAAGGAUGUUUGGCAUCAUUAAUCAUUAAGGAUAUGCAACUCGAGGGGUGCAGUGCAUAGGAGGCUGAGGCAGGAAAAUCAUGAGUUCACAGCCAGCCUCAGCAAAUGCAAGGCACUAAGCAACUCAGUGAGACCCUGUCUCUAAAUAAAAUGCAAAUAAAUAGAGCUGAGAAUGUAGCUCAGUGUUUUAGUUCCCCUGAGUUCAAUCCAUGGGACCCACCUUCCCCCUCCCCCCCAAAAAAAAAGGAUAUGUGACUCAAAGCCACGAGUGGUGGCGUUUCACACCAGAAAGCCAGACCAGUGACUGCGAGGAUGUGAAGAAAUUGGAACUCAGGGCAUUGCUGGGGAAGGCGAGACGGAGUGACAACUUCAGAAGAACACCCUGGCACUUCCUCAAAAAGUUCAGCCAAGUCACCACAUGACCAGCACUUCCCCCCUCAGGUACGUCUGCGGAGAAACGAACACGUCCACGAAAAGUCAUGAGGGAGCGUGCAUAGGUGGCAGGAGGUGGCAGCCCAAAGGUGGAACCCACGUCAGAAUCCGCCUGAGGAGUGUGUCUGUGAGGGCUUCGCGGCGAGGGUGAGCAGGGGGUCCGAGUGGGCCAGGUGGGAGGACACCCUCAGUGUGGGUGGCAUCUCAUCUGCUGGGGGCCCAGAGAGCAAGUACAGAAGGUGACUGGUGUCUUCCAAGCCCCGGAUGGACUCUUCCUGCUCCUUGGACAUUGGAAUCCCAGGCUCUGUGGCCUGUGGGCUCCGGGACCUGUCCCAGCAGCCCCUUCCUUCUCAGGCUUUUGGCUUCAGACUGGGAAUGAAACCUUCGGCUUCCCUGGUUUGGAGGCUCUGAGGCCUUUGGACUUGGACUGAGUGACCCAACCCAGAUCCAGGGUCUCCAGCGCAGAGAAGGCCUCUGCAAUCCCAGGAGCCAAUGCCUCUCAGUAGUCCCCUCUCACAUCUCUACACACACCCAGUGCUGGCUCCCCAGGGAGCCCUCAGACAGAUGGGCACAGCCGCACAAGGAGCCAUCAUUCAGCAAUAUGGAAUUUUUGAGAUGGGGGUCUCACGUUGUGACCCAUGCUGACCUCCAACCCUCGGACUCAAGCAACCCCCUCCUGAGCCACACAUGCUGUGUGAUUCCACUUACAGGGAAAAGUCUGCGGCUGGCAGAACCAGAGUCAGAGAGCAGACCAGUGGGCUGGGAGGAGGGUACGGGGCUCCUCUGGUGGGCACAGAGCUUCUUUGGGGGGCACCAAAAACGUAAUAAAAUCAGCAUGCUGUGCAGCAGAACUGCACAACCCUACCACCAUAAUAAAUAAAUAAAAUGACCCGAUUUAAAAAUGGGAAAUGGUUUUGAAAAGCCUUUCUCCAAAGAUAUGUGCAAUAAACAUGUGGAAAGAUUUUUUUUUUUUCUGUACCAGUGACUGAACCCAGAGGGACUUAACCACAGGGCAAAUUUUAGGGCACGUGAAUUAUGUCUCAGUAAUGUUGUUAUUGAAAACAUACAUACAUGUGUGUGAAUAUGUAUUUAUAUGUUGUUUUCUUUCCUUUCCUU